CCUUAUACCACCGACGUACCAACUCACAAGGUGGUUGAAUGGUUCAUUGCGGCAGUCUGCCUACAUUGUUGAUGCAAACUAAUGUCAUCGUGGAUCCCUUCAGUCAAGCCCAUUACCAUGCCAGGUGGAAUAAACUAGCCGUAUCUUGGAUGCUGGUGAAGGAGCAAUGCAAAGUUAACAAGUAAACCGAGGGCGAUUUUUGCACUCACGAGCACGAUGGAGCAGUAGGAGAAUGAGUCGAUCAUUCUUCCACGUCACUGAGCCAGCAGUGCCAUGGAGCCUGGAGACAUUUACACUCAGUGCUUCUUUCAGAACGCGCAGACGUCAGACUUCAUCUCGUCCAUGGUGGAAGAGAGGUGCAUCUGCUCGCGGCUUGUUAGCCUGUGGGGACUUCGCCAUGAGACCAGCUGUAAGCACCCGGGAGUGGGUAAGGGUUCGGAGAGACCAGGGAGUCCCAGCAUGGCAGUGCCAAAGAACCCAGUCUGGGGUGGCUCCCAGCAGCAUCUCUGGGGUCUUAAUAUCGGAAGGUACACCCAGGCCAAGCCUGAAACGGGGAUCAUCCGACGUCCCAUCUUGUCCGUUCAUAGCUUCGCGGGUCUUGGUGUCACCAUAUGGCAUCGCGUUUCUAAUGGGAACAUCAUCGUCGAGCCGACCAACCGGAUGACAUGCCCGUUUCUGGCGUUCCGUUGGAAGGCUGAUCUCUCCCAUCAUGCCAAUGUCAUUCGACAUCCAGAGGCCGGCGCCAUAAACUGUGCACCUCUGUUCGCUACACCUGGAUACGACAAUGACAUCCUGCUCUCCCUUCGUACAGUCUCGACUUCUGUAUUGCAGCAGGAAUCAGUUAAUCUCUGCGGUGCAGCCUUUCUGUACCGAAAGGAGGACCCGCCAACCGUUGGUUACUCGAACCGCAUGACGAAGGCCAAGAGACGCUCUAAGACCAAAUUGCUCUAUGGUAUCGAGCCGAUACUAGUUUGCUCGACGUCGUAUGCUACAUUUUCUGGCGUCGUUCAACUGGGCUAUGUGCUUCCACUACAACUCGCCCGAUCUUUUGACCCGUUCCUCCUAAGGGGCCAUCAACAACUAAGACCUGAGUCGCGGAAGUGUUUGGCCCUUGGGAAUGGUUGUGAAAAAGAAACAGAUAUGGAUAACUUCUUGGUAACGCACAUUGCAAUGCGACUAUUAUUCUUCAGCUGUAAGUACUAUGGAAUAGAAGAACGCCCGGCUGUGUCAUCAAGCUUCAAGGACGUUAAAUUCGAUGCUCCCGUCCUCGAUUCCCUCUCCAUCGGGCAGACCUUCACGCUCGAAAUCUGCAAGUCCCUCUUCGCGUGGAUGCUGAUAUGCGCAAGAGCUAUUGUGAGGGGAUUGCAUGAUACCGAGCGAAAAUACGGAAGAGGUGCCGCAUAA